GCUAUGAAGAAAGAUUCACCAGAAAUGACUGAUGUGGAGCUUGCGGUCACCGAUUUUGCAUCUUCAGCAAGAGCAGGCCGCCGGAAUGCCUUACCAGACAUCCAAAGCUCAGUUGCUACAAGUGGAACCUCAGAGUUACCUGAAAAACUGGAGGCUCUCAACAUGAAGGAAGGUAACACUCAAAGUCCUCUUGAAAUUACCAUCACACUCUCUCCUUAUUCAUCAUUCUGUUCUCUUUUAGCAAGUUAA